ACAUGUACAGCACAAAGAUGGGCUCGAAUGUGAAGUUCACUGUAUUUGCGCUACUGACAAUCACACUAUACAGAGGUCUAUUCUUUGCUGUGUGGAAUCUACAUACCCAAAGUAUUGCCCAAAGUGUGAAUCUAAAGGAUGAGAAUCGGAACCAAAACAAUGAAUUGCAAAGUCUAAAAUCUGAGAAUGCAAACCUACAAACCAAAUCUCUGAAUUGCGAGGCUUUGUCGGAGCUAAUCCAAACCCCCACUCGAGUGAUGAAGCCACGGUGAUGGACACACUAAAACGACUAACUCGACAAUCUGGCUCCUCUCAAAGUGCUACUGAUCUACUUGCUGAUGCUCUGGCAGAACUAAUUGAAAAGAAACUCUACACUAUAAUGGACUGUGCUAGAGAUGACGCUGAUAAUUUAACUGACUGUUCGCUCAAGCCAGGCCCAAAGGGGGACAAGGGAUGCCUGGGUGAUCAAGGCCCUCAGGGAAUGAACGGAGAGCGUGGGGUCAAAGGACACAUCGGCUGCCCUGGUCAUAAAGGGGAAGUGGGUCCAAAGGGUCCUAUCGGUGAUCCCGGCCCAAUGGGGCACCGAGGAGUUAAAGGAGAUAUGGGCGAGAUCGGUUCACAAGGUGAGGCGGGGGUUAAAGGUGAGCGAGGUAUGAAAGGACAUUAUGGUUUCCCUGGACACAAAGGCGAGAGUGGCAGGCCGGGUGCCAAGGGGGUUAAAGGAGAUCGAGGCUUUGGAGGCAAUAAUGGACAAAAGGGAGAGAAAGGAAUGACGGGGGUGCCAGGUCCACUGGGACCUAUUGCCGCUACCAUUCCCUCUGAGAGGUGUGGUGGUCCUGGAUGGAGGAAGGUGGCAUCCAUUGAUAUGACUAAUACUAGCCAAAACUGCCCUCAAGGACUAACACUGACUGGCUACUCAAAACGAUCAUGUGGUCGAACACAUACAGAUUGGAGAAAUUGUUCAUCGGUCACCUUUCCUGUUGGUUGUGAUCAAUACAGUCGAGUGUGUGGGAGAGCUAAGGCUUAUCACUGGGGGCUCCUGCAUUCCUUUUAUGGGUAUCACCAUGAAUCACAUGAUAUCAAUGCACAGUACGUUAAUGGACUAAGCUUCACUCAUGGAACACCCAGGACACACAUUUGGACAUUUGCAGCUGGUGCAUAUCAAGCAAACAGUAGUGAUACUUUCUUUGAUCCAGAAUAUAGAGACUUUCACUGCCCUUGUAACCCAGGCAACACGUACGGCUCCCCUCCUUUUGUUUGUAAUGACUAUUUCUGUGAGUGCAGUAUCUAACAUAUUUUACCCUGAUGAUCCACUCUGGGAUGGUCAGGGCUGUAUUCAUGGAAACCCGUGCUGUUCGUUGAAUAACCCACCGUGGUUUAGCAAAACACUACCAACCCCCACAACUGAUAAUAUUGAAAUGAGACUAUGUAUGAAUGGUGAUGAAACGCUUGCUAACAUUGCUCUUGAACAAAUGGAACUAUACGUCUACUGAUAAACUAGAGACACUGAACAUUGAUCUGACUCUGUUAGCUACUUAAUAUCCUAGAUUGCCGUAUCCGUAUAGCGGGUUAUUUCGUAUGGGGAAAUUUUCAUAUUAUUUUUCAUAAUUA